CACAGCAGAGCACAACAACAACAACAACAACGAAAAGGAAGAGUCGUAUUGAAAGUCUUAUUUUAGUUUGUUAUGCAUUUUUUUUGUUGUUUUAUAUUAUUAAAUUUUAUUUGUGGUUGGGAAUAACUCUUUGGGGCUAUUCGCAUCUUCCUUGUAACACAAAAGGCAUCUUUCGCUCUCGAUUCUGAGCAUCUGCCAAAUAUUCAUUCAUUCUUCCACUUGCACCACAUCCUACGGCUUAGCUUCCCUUACUCAACUUGCUCUUUCAUCCAACGGUCCUCAUCUCAUCUCUCUCAUCCCCAUCCUUUAUAUAACCACUGAUACCGUUCUCGUAUUUUUUUGCAUAUCGGAAUCCAAAGGGCAACAACACACAAAUAUAUAUAUAUAUAUCAAAUAACCUAAGAUGGCGACCUUGGAGUCUCCGUUAGAGGCUUUGGCUUUUGAGUACGCUAGCUUCGGUGUUUUCGCCGUCGUCAACAACGUAUGGACAUGGAUCGCCGUCGUUACUGCCGCCGUCAGCUUCUGGAGGAUCAGAGUCACAACCAUCGGGGACGGAGACGGACAUCAUGCAUGUGUCUUGUUAGAGGAAUUAUCCGGCUCGAUGUCUGAACACGACGGAUCCAGACGUCUCGAACCGAAAUCAUCAAGAACCGGUCCGGUUAAAGAAACGGUUGCGAAAACGCUGCAAUCAAGAACUAAUACGGUUGAUGAUCGGGUGAAAGAAACGGUUACGAAAACGGAGCCGUUAGUGUGGGAUGAAGACGGAGUGACGAAGGGGGAGAAACUGACGAUGUACUACGAGGUAGACUUUGACGUUGAGGUCGACGGUGUGAGGUGUCUUGACGGAGAGUUGAUAACGGCCGGAGGAGGUUUGGGUUAUUGUGGCGGUGAAUGGUGGGAGAAAUGGGAAAGAGUGAUGAGGAUGAGAAACGGUGAUGACGGUUGGUAUCGUUACGUGGAUUUAACGGUGAUCAACGGAAAUGUCGUGAGGUUAUGGGAUGAUUCUAACAGAACCAGUAACGGCCGGAGGUGUCUAAAUUAGAGUGGCUCCUUUAUUUUGGAAACUUUAAUCUUUGAAACUUUCUUUGUUUAAUUUUUUGUUGGUUAAGUUGUGAAUACAUUUGGGGACAAGGAGGAGGAACGCUUUAAUUAGAAGAAAAACAAUAUUCAUGAA